CUUAACACAGAUGCGGAGCGGCUCUUCUGAGCGCCACACGGAGAGACGGAAAGAGAGAGGGAGAGCAACAGCACCAUGACCGCAAGCACACACGACGUGAUUGUGAUUGGCGGAGGCAUCUCAGGUUUGAGUGCCGCCAAGCUGUUGGUGGAAAGCGGAUUAAACCCUGUGGUCCUGGAAGCCAGAAACCGUGUUGGUGGAAGAACCUUCACUGUUCAGAACAAGGAGACCAAAUGGGUGGAUCUAGGAGGAGCAUACAUCGGUCCCACUCAAAACCGAAUCCUGAGGCUAGCCAAACAAUAUGGAGUAAAGACGUACAAAGUCAACGAAGAAGAGUCUCUGAUUCACUAUGUGAAGGGGAAAUCGUAUCCAUUCAAAGGGUCUUUCCCUCCAGUGUGGAACCCACUGGCCUACCUAGACUACAACAAUCUAUGGAGGACAAUGGACAAGAUGGGAAUGGAGAUUCCAAAGGAAGCUCCAUGGAGAGCCCCUCAUGCUAAAGAAUGGGACAAGAUGACCAUGCAGCAGCUCUUCGACAAGAUUUGCUGGACCAAGGCAGCUCGCCGCUUCGCUACUUUGUUUGUCAAUGUGAACGUGACCUCCGAGCCCCAUGAGGUCUCUGCUCUCUGGUUCCUGUGGUACGUCAAGCAGUGUGGUGGGACUAUGAGAAUCUUCUCCACCACCAAUGGAGGCCAGGAACGCAAGUUUGCUGGCGGCUCCAGUCAGAUCAGUGAGGCUAUGGCCAGAGAGCUGGGUGACCGUGUGAAGCUGGAGAGAGCCGUCUACAGCAUUGACCAAACUGGAGACCUGCUGGUGGUCAAAACAGUCAAUGAGGAGAUAUAUAAGGCCAAAUAUGUCAUACUUGCCAUACCACCAGGACUGAACCUGAAGAUCCAUUUUAACCCUGAACUGCCCCCUCUGAGGAAUCAGCUCAUUCAUAGAGUUCCCAUGGGAUCCGUUAUCAAAUGUAUGGUGUACUACAAAGAGAACUUCUGGAGGAAAAAGGGAUACUGCGGCAGCAUGGUGAUCGAGGAGGAGGACGCACCUAUCGGUCUCACGCUUGAUGACACUAAGCCCGACGGCUCUGUGCCUGCUAUAAUGGGUUUUAUUCUAGCACGAAAAUCCAGGAAGCUGGCAGGUCUGACGAAGGACGAGAGAAAGAGAAGAAUCUGUGAGAUUUAUACUCGUGUGCUCGGCUCAGAGGAGGCGCUUCAUCCUGUGCACUAUGAGGAGAAGAACUGGUGUGAGGAGGAGUAUUCUGGUGGCUGCUACACCGCUUACUUUCCUCCUGGUAUCAUGACCCAGUUUGGCAGGGUCUUGCGGGAGCCGGUAGGCAAACUUUACUUUGCUGGAACUGAGACGGCCACCGAGUGGAGCGGUUACAUGGAGGGAGCGGUACAGGCGGGAGAGAGAGCGUCUAGAGAGAUUUUGUGUGCAAUGGGAAAACUCCACGCAAGUCAGAUUUGGCAGUCAGAUCCUGAAUCAAUGGAUGUCCCAGCCCAGCCGUUUGUCACCACUUUCUGGGAGAGAAACUUGCCAUCUGUUGGGGGACUCUUCAAGUUUAUGAGCAUGUCCUCUUUCCUGGCUCUCGCCACAGCAGCGGGAGUCGUAGCCUACAAGAAGGGGAUACUCCCACGCUAGCCUAUCCACUCAUAGCCUAUUGUAUGUGACCUGGCCUUUCGUGAUUGUGACGUUCGACCAAUCACCUAAUCAGAGCCAUGACACUGCCAGGAUAUGUGGUCGAGUUUUGCCACACAAGAAGUUUAUUUCUGUCAGUAAUUGUUAGAAGCUAACCAAAUUAAGUGAUCAUUUUGGGAAAAUGAGUGGCUACUAAUUGUUCAUGUUGGGUCGACGUUGUCCAGGAGUAUACAAACUGCCCACAUUAAAAGAAAUAAAGAAUGACAGCAACAUUCCACAGCUGUUCACUGUGUGUGUGUGUGUGUGUGUGUGUGUGCGUGCGUGCGUGUGGUUGUGUAUUUCACCGCUCUUAUGGAUUACUUCAGGUGCUGUUCUCAGGAACCCCAUAUCUUAUAACAAAAAUAUUAAAAUAACAGUGCAGAACUUUGCAGUGCAUUUCAUUCUGCUCUGUUACAGAGAUUUUACAACACAACACAGAAGCGGUUUUAGCUUUAGCACAAUUCACGAUUUCAUUCAUAUAAGAGAAUAUGAGUCUAUUAAUAUGUAAUUUACUUUUUAACAAUGUUAACUCCAGUGUUGGGUGUAACUAGUUACUAAGUAAUGAGUUACUGUAAUUUAAUUACUUUUCUUCUGGGAAAAGUCAAGUAAGGGAUUACUCUUAUUUUUUCUGUCAUUUAAUUACAGUUAGGCUACUUCUGUUGUAAUUGAGCUAAAUACUGUGUAAUAUACAGUAUACAAUCGUGGAAAUGACAUCAAAAUUCUAACUUUAAAGCAUAUGCUUUAAUGUAUCCUACUCACAUUUGUAAUACUUUGGUCAGUUAAUAAGAAUACUUUAUGUAGUUUUAUAUUAUUUAUUUGAAGGAAUUAAAAGAGCCGUUUCAUGUUUUCCUUGAAUCACUUCUAAUCACAACUAAUCAAGGUUGAUGUAGGAUAUAGAAAGUUAUUAGUAAUAAGUAACCAAAUAGUUUUUGGAGAGAGUACUUUGUACAGUAAUCUAAUUACCCUAUUGAAUAUGUAAUUAGUAACUAGUAAUUUGUUACUUUUUCACAGUAACUUACCCAACACUGGUUAACUCACUACAGACUAGAGCUGAAGAUCUUUGCCCGGACCCAACGUGACCCGACGGGUUCGGGCUAAAUUUCUAUCAUUUUACACGGGCUCGGGCCUGGCUCGGGCUUGCGCUGUAAAUGAGCGGUCAUGUGAUGCGUUCCGAUUAGCGCGACAAAGAUGCAAAAAUGGAUGCGGAGGGUUGCAACAAAUUCUCACUCCCGACUCGCUCGGUCAGCGCCCUUCGGCGUCACUUUUGAACGCGCAGGGUACUCGUUUGACGUCGUUUUUCGAACGUGAAGGGCACGCGAAUUUCACCGUCAUUAUGAAAAUGUAUAUUAGAUAUAAUUUGCACUGAUGAUGUUUCGGGGUUUAAUUUAAGUUUAAUGGCCAGGAUAAUUGCAUUUACAUGACACUAUUCAGACAGUUUGAGCAAGUAAUGUUUAUUGAAUGUUUUAAACAGUUUAUUUAUCGUAAUAUAAAACACAUAAUACAAGCAGUCACAAUGUCGUUCAAAAAUACAGAUAUUCCAAGGGUACCAACGCGAAACGAUCGAUUUGUAUGAGGAACAGAUGCGAAAGCGAUCACCGUCCGGAGUAAAUCUCAAAUCCAGUGAAGAACGACGUUCAAAAUUUGCUGCCAGAGGAAGUUACGUCAGCUUCAAUGCCAUUGGCUUUCCCGUGGCUCGUGUCCGAUCGCGUCAUUUCGUUGGCUUUGAACGUGAAACGGUAUUGGCUCCCGCAACCGACUGCAUCUAGCUGUUCCGGUUUAUCUUUUUCAGCCGAGUUCAUGUAUUCACGGACACGCACGGCAUCUCCAUUGUAAUGUUAUCAUAAGGCUUUGGUGCAAAAAGGUAUGCGAAACAAGUUGUUUGUUUUAUUUUGUAAUGCUUUUGGUCAGUUUGUGUAAUAAAUGCCUGUGACUGUACUUUUAUUCGCGUGUUGUGUUUUAUCUGGCUGAGAAGUGGUUAGGGUUAGGUGCUACAAAAUAUUAAAACCAUAAAUAAUUAUGAAAUGCUAAGAAUUUCACGCAUCUCGGUCUGGAGCAUUUAGAAAACAGCAACGCAGUUCCCUGUUCGUCGAAAAACAACGCCAAAGGGGUACUCUGCGCGUUAAAAUGUGACGCCGUGGGGCGCUGACCGACCGUAAAUAUGUGACGAGUCGGGAGUGAGAAUGGGUUGCUGAGGAGGUGAAACGGAGGCUUGCCUCUGGCGAUUACGUUUUGGUUGCACCAGCAACAAAAGCAAAGUCUGAGGUGUGGAAAAGUUUUGACCAUGUGCAUAAUGAGAAUAAUGAGCCAGUGGGAUAUGUGAGAUGUUACAGAGGACUUAUUUAUUUAUUUCUUCCAACAUCCAAGUGGCCUAUAGCCUACGUUAGUCAUUAAUAAAUUAUGUUAAAACAUGUAUAAAUGACUCAUUCUUGACAAACAGCUGUGUGCGUGCGCACAUUUGAAUAGCCUAAUGUCGGGCUGUAAACGGGUUCGGGCUUUUAAAAAGCUGUCAAUCAAAAUGUACUUGUCGGGCUCGGGCCGAAUUCUGUCGGGCCUAACUUUUAUGGCCCGAUUACAGCUCUACUACAGACUGGCUUUAGCAAAGUGUCUGGCAGUAUAAUAAAAUAUAUUAGUAGUAGAGAGGUGUCUCUGAUCCGAAGGAUAUCCCAAGUGUUGUUUGUUCUUUCUAUAAGCUGCUGUGCAUAAUUGUGUCUGAUGGAAACAUAUGAAAGCAUUUGAAUGUACAUUUUACAGGUGACAUGUUGUAUUUGAUUUGUUUUUGUAACAGACUAGUCCAUACUUGAAAUAUGUUGUUUUAUGACAAACAAGUUUCUAAGAAUACUGAAACAUGAUUCAUAGAUAGAUAGAUAGAUAGAUAUAUAGUAUUAUUAUUAUUAUAAUAAAUAAGUUAUGCAUUCCAAAAAGACAAGAGCGGUUUGAAAUUAAUGUAUCGUGUGUGUAAACCAGAAGUGCGUAGAUGUUGUCCCAAAGAUACGUUGUAAUUGUGGUUUGUGGUGCCUUAAUCUGGCACUACUCCUCCUUUCUCAAGUGCCUCUGAGCUUCUCCAGUCCUGCACAAUGUCCCUGGGUGUCAUUCACUGGCUGCUUUAGAUGGGUUUUAAGACAAGCUACUUUUACAAAUAUUUCCAGAAUGUUUGGAAAUGUGUUUGUUAGAUUCACCAACUUGCUGUGGGCAUUCAUGAUGAAACCUCUGCCUCACAUUAUGAGCUAAAAUGAUAUUGCUCCUUCCUGAAGUAGCCACUGACAAACCGGUGGUGUCAAAAUCAGAGGCUAUGCCACUCCUGACUGUUGACAUACACUAUUUAAUAUUACUUAAUAUAAUCGUAAUCAAUCUCAGUUGGUUCACACACCCCGUUGUAGUCUGUUCGACUGUGAAAUUAGUAACGCAGGUGAAUUUGUUGUCCUGACAUGUUGUUGCCGCCGUACCUCAUCUGCUUUGUGUGCUGGUGAACUCUGCCUGUCUGUGUCCUCUGCUAAUCCUUUAUCUAACUCUGACCAUGUGUACCGGACCCAAAGUACAGUUCUAUUCUCUUCUGGUCUAGCCGUUCUGCUAUGAUCAGGCUGAUUAUGUGCGUGUGUAUACCAUGUCAAAGGUCUAGUCCUGUAAUUGCAUUAUUUGAUCUCUUUGUAUGAAUUCAAUGAUUAAGCUGAUAAUAAAAAUGUGUGAUUUACCAUUA